UCGUGGCGUAGCGUCUUAUUCCCACUCUCACAAACAACCCAACACCUUCGAACGCGUAUCCCAAUGGCAACUAUCAAGUCCGUCAAGGCUCGUCAGAUCUUCGAUAGCCGUGGUAAUCCUACGGUUGAGGUUGAUGUACAUUUGUCAAAUGGUGUCUGGGCUAGAGCUGCUGUUCCUAGUGGCGCAUCCACUGGAAUAUAUGAAGCCCUUGAAUUGAGGGAUGGAGGGUCCGACUACCUUGGCAAGGGCGUUUCAAAGGCCGUAAACAAUGUCAACUCAAUUAUUGGACCAGCUCUUGUUGGCAAGGACCCAACUGAUCAGACUGGUCUUGAUAACUAUAUGGUUCAUCAGCUAGAUGGAACGCAAAAUGAGUGGGGUUGGUGCAAGCAAAAGCUUGGUGCAAAUGCCAUCCUUGCUGUGUCACUUGCAGUGUGUAAAGCUGGCGCUGCUGUCAAGAACGUUCCACUUUAUAAGCAUAUUGCUGAUUUGGCAGGUAACAAAAAGUUGGUUUUGCCAGUUCCUGCUUUCAAUGUCAUCAAUGGUGGGUCCCAUGCUGGAAAUAAGCUUGCGAUGCAGGAAUUUAUGAUUCUUCCUGUUGGAGCUUCUAGUUUUAAGGAGGCCAUGAAGAUGGGUUGUGAAGUGUAUCACCAUUUGAAGGCUGUGAUUAAGAAGAAAUAUGGCCAGGAUGCAACAAAUGUUGGUGAUGAGGGCGGUUUUGCUCCUAAUAUCCAGGAAAAUAAGGAGGGCCUUGAAUUGCUAAAGACAGCCAUCGAAAAAGCAGGUUAUACUGGAAAAGUUGUUAUCGGAAUGGAUGUUGCAGCAUCUGAAUUCUAUGGAAAGGACAAUACGUAUGAUCUGAACUUCAAAGAAGAGAAUAACAAUGGCUCCCAAAAGAUCUCAGGUGACCAGCUCAAAGAUUUGUACAAGUCAUUUGUGUCUGAGUACCCUAUUGUUUCAAUUGAAGAUCCAUUUGACCAAGAUGACUGGGAAACCUAUGCUAAGCUCACUGCUGAGAUUGGGGAGAAAGUACAAAUUGUGGGAGAUGACCUUCUUGUCACCAAUCCUAAGAGAGUUGCCAAGGCAAUCCAAGAGAAGACUUGCAAUGCCCUUCUUCUUAAGGUUAACCAAAUAGGCAGUGUGACCGAGAGUAUCGAAGCUGUAAAAAUGUCUAAGCGGGCUGGUUGGGGUGUAAUGACUAGCCACCGCAGUGGAGAGACAGAGGAUACCUUCAUUGCUGAUCUUGCUGUGGGUUUGUCAACGGGGCAAAUCAAGACUGGAGCUCCCUGCAGAUCGGAACGUCUUGCAAAGUACAACCAGCUCUUGAGAAUUGAAGAGGAACUUGGGUCAGAUGCUGUAUAUGCUGGAGCAAGCUUCCGCACCCCUGUUGAGCCCUACUAAACAUGAACUGUUACUCUGGAAUGUGGAGGGGAGUCUCUUAGGCUGACCAAAUUGCCAAUAAGGAAAUGGUCAUUCUAUGAUGGUAUCUGACCGAUUUUCAAAUUCCAAACUUUAACAGUUUUUAUUCUGAUAUUUUGAGUCUUGACAAUUCUGAACUGAGAAAUGGUUCUGGUAGGCAGAGCAUAUCUUAUUCUGACUGCUGGUCUUGUAACCGGAUGUGCAGUUUAUAGUACUUUUUCAAGAUUUUGAUGUUCCGGUUUUGCAUAAAUCAUAGAUUUUGCCUUGCUAUGUAA